AUGACUACUUCCGUUGAAAAUUUACCAGUAUCAGGCACUGAGUCCUUGCCUGUACCGACAGCAGUACCAUCAUCAACUCUUAUUCAACAACAUUCACCUUCAUCUUCUCAACAACAGAUAACUCCUGUGCAACGUAAAUUACAAAAAAUCUUAGAUCUGAAAUUAGAAUCGGACAAAGAUUUAAUUGAAUCAUUGAAAUAUUUGUCAACAUUUUUCAAUGAAAAUAGCGUUCGAACAAGACGUUCACUCAGAAGUACAAUUGAAAAACGAAGUUUAACAUUGAAUGAUCAAUUUGAAGAAUGUUUUAGAGUUGUAAAAGAACAACUAGACGAUUUAAAUGAUACCGUUACAUCGAUGUCAAGUUGUUGUGAAGAUAUGACGCAACGAUUGAAAGAUGUUAAAGCUCAAACACAAGAGUUAAUAAGUAAAACAACUCAAAUUCAAAAUGAAAAUCAGGAACUUAGUAUCAAGUCAAAAAUAACAGAACGUUUCAUUGAACGUUUUCAACUGAAACCAGAAGAAUUAAAUGCAUUGAGAGCAACAAAAGACGGUUAUCUUCAUCCGGAUUUUUUCAAUGUAUUGAAGCGUGUCAAAGCUAUUCAUCAAGAUUGUAAACUGUUAUUGAGAACAAAUCAACAAACAAUUGGCUUAGAAAUAAUGGAACAAAUGGCAUUACAUCAAGAAUCAGCAUUUGAACGUUUGUAUCGUUGGGUUCAAAGUGAAUGUCGUCUAUUAACAAACGACGUACCGGAUUUGUCAACUCUUCUUAGCCAAGCAGUAGAAGCAUUAAAAGAACGACAAGUUUUAUUUAAAUAUGUUUUGGAUGAGUAUGGUCUCGCUCGUCGUAAUGCAGUUGUUCGCGGUUUUAUCGAUGCUUUAACGCGGGGCGGCCAAGGAGGAACACCUCGUCCAAUUGAACUGAGCUCUCAUGAUCCAUUGCGUUACGUUGGUGACAUGGUGGCUUGGAUCCAUCAAGUCACAGCAUCUGAAAAAGAAUAUGCAGAAAUUCUAUUAAGAAAAUUAUCUGAUUGGAACGAAUUAACAAAAACUAUACAAAUAUUACUUGGCUAUAUUACAGAAGGAUUAUGCAGACCACUUCGUGUUCGACUUGAACAAGUGCUUGUAUCCCAACAUGAACCAGUUACCCUUUAUAAAUUAACAAAUUUAUUAAAGUUUUAUGAAUCGACAAUCAAACAACUGUUACCAAAUGAAUGCCAGUUAGUUCAAGUUUUAGAUGAAGUCAGUAAUUUAUCAUCGAAAAUGUUUCUAAACACUUUAAAUGCCAAUGCUACUCGUUUAAUUGAAAAAGUUGACAUGCCAACGCCAGAUUUAAAUUUAUCAGAUGAAUUACGUCGUACAUUAGCAUUAUUAAAAGAUAUAUUGGAUACCCAUUCAACAUCAAUGAUUCCUUUUGAAAGUAAAAGAAUUGAUUUUCAACAAAUUGUUUAUUCGAUUAUUGAUCCACUACUACAAAUGUGUGCGUUAUCAGCAGCAAAAUUAGGCGUCGUAGAAAUGGCUGUCUAUAUGAUCAACUGUAUUAGUGCUAUUAGAACAACAUUAGCUGUAUUCGCUUUUACAGAUGAAAAAAUUGAAAUGUUAGAAGGACAAAUUGAAGCGAAUACAGAUGCAUUGAUUGGUGAACAAGCUAGUUAUAUAUUAUUACGUACUGAUUUGUUGGACGCUUAUCGUCUUAUUGAAAAGCAUCAAGAAAAUCAAGGCGCUUUAUCUUAUAAACCAGGAAUGGAUAUGAUUACAUUGAAAGCUGCUAUGAACAAGUUUGACUCUUAUCUUUCCACGCCAGACAUGUUUACUAUGCCACAAAUAAAAUAUUUGGCAAGUGCCGUUAUAAGAGAAAAAAUUAAAAAGCGUUCUGUUGAAUUAGUGUGUGAAGCAUAUGCCACAUUAUAUUCGGCUAUUAUUGAUCAGAAAAAUUUAUAUUCAAAUCCGUACAGUAUCGUUCCAAGAACACCUGAACAAAUUGUAAAAUUACUUUCUUAG